AACUACUUAACUAACAAAAUGGGUGCUUACAAAUACUUGGAAGAAUUGCAGAGAAAGAAGCAAUCUGAUGUGAUGAGAUUCCUCUUCAGAGUCAGAUGUUGGGAAUACAGACAGAAGACUGUUAUCCACAGAGCUUCUAGACCAUCCAGACCAGACAAGGCCAGAAGAUUGGGGUACAAGGCCAAGCAGGGUUUCGUGAUCUACCGUGUUAGAGUUAGAAGAGGUGGCAGAAAGAGACCAGUGCCAAAGGGUGCCACUUACGGUAAGCCAACCAACCAGGGUGUUAAGCAGUUGAAGUACCAGAGAUCUUUGAGAUCUACCGCCGAAGAACGUGUCGGUCGUCGUGCUGCCAACUUGAGAGUUUUGAACUCUUACUGGGUUAACCAAGAUUCUACCUACAAGUACUUCGAAGUUAUCCUUAUCGACCCUCAACACAAGGCCAUCAGACGUGAUGCCCGCUACAACUGGAUCUGUAACCCAGUCCACAAGCACCGUGAAGCUAGAGGUUUGACUUCCACUGGUAAGAAGUCCAGAGGUAUCAACAAGGGUCACAGAUACAACAACACCAAGGCCGGUAGAAGACACACCUGGAAGAAGAACAACACUUUGUCCUUGUGGAGAUACAGAUCCUAAGCGGCUUGCAGUAUUGUCCGAAGGCUUCUUUGCGUGGAUUCUUUCUACAAAGUCUUUUCUCUUACCUUUGCUUUCUGGUUUGUUUUUUCUUGUUUCUGUUGGGCGGGUUGCAUGAUCUGUUUGGUAGUGGCUGGGAGGGUUUAUUCAUUAU